AUGCCAGGGACCGCGCGCUUCACUGUGCGCGGCGUGUCGCCCACGCGCAUGGUCAAGCUCUUCAUGAGCCGCCACACCGGGGGCGUGCACGCGUCCGCGUCGGCAGCGCACGGCGCCGCCGCGGCGCCCCCCGCCCCCGCCGCCGACCUCGUGGCCUGGGUGGAAAGCUCGGGGGGCAGCGCCGCGGGCGUGGCGGUGCGCCGCAACGAGGCGGGCUUUGGCCUGGCCGCCUCCCGCGACUGCGGCGCGGGCAGCACGCUGGUCAGCCUGCCCCAGCGCUGCCACCUGACGUACGACGACAGCAGCGACCCCCGCCUGCUGGCGCUGAUCGGGCAGGUGGUGGCGCACCGGCUGCAGGGCGCCACCUCGCCCUUUGCCCCGUACAUCAGCAACCUGCUGCUGGGCGUGGCGGGGCUGCCCAUGUUCUUCGGCGGCGACGCGCUGGCCGCCCUCCAGUACCCUCCCGUCACCGAGCAGGUGAAGCGGCGCUGCCGCUGGCUGCUGGCCUUUGCGCAGCGGGAGCUGGCGGCGGCGCGGCGCGGCGGCGGCGACCCCUUUGGCGGCGCAGAUGUUGAUGCCAAUGCGCUGGGCUGGGCGCUGGCGGUGGUGACGUCGCGCGCGUUCCGCACACGCGGGCCAGACCAGCCUGCGGCCAUGCUGCCGCUCAUCGACAUGGCCAACCACAGCUUCCAGGCAGCCAACGCCAAGAUCGCGCCCGGCCCUGGCGGCAGCAUGUGCAUGGUAGCAACCAGGGCGCUGCAGGCUGGCGAGCCGGUGCUGAUCAGCUACGGCGCUCUCUCGAACGACUUCCUCCUCAUGGACUAUGGCUUCAUCGUCCCCGGCAACCCGCACGACACUGUGCAGCUGCGGUUUGACCGAGGCCUUAUCGAGGCUGCCAAGGCGGUCGCGGGCGUGGGCUGCACGGGGGGCGCGCUCGACGACGGCGGCGCCGAGCUGCCGCCGCUGCCUGCCUGGCAGCAGCAGGCGCUGGCGUCGCUGCAGCUGGCCGGGCCGGGCGCCAACACGGAGGUGACGAUCCGGAGGCAGGCGGCGCGCGGCGGCGGCAACGGCAGCGGCAGCGGCAGCAGGAACGGCGGCGGGGAGGCGGCGGCGGAGGGGCCUGUGGAUCCCCGCCUGCUGGCGGGCGUCCGGGUGCUGUGCGCGCCCUCCGCGGCGGCGCUCGGCGGCAAGGCGGCCAGCGUGGAGCGGCUGGGGCGGUGGGACGCGCCUCUGGCCCCGGCCGCCGAGCUGGCGGCGCUCAGGGCGCUGACGGGCCUGUGCGCCAUUGCUCUGUCCCAGUUCCGGGGCAGCCUGGAGGAGGAUGCCGCCCUGCUGGCGGCAGCGGCGGCGCCAGCCGGCGGCCAGGAAGCCGCGCAGCAGGCGCAGCGGCAGCUGGGCGAGGACGAGCAGCUGGCGGUACGGUUCAGGAUGGAGAAGAAGCAGCUGCUGCUGGAGGCUCUGGGCACAGUAUCCCAUCGGAUCCAGCAGCUAGCCGCCGGCAGCGGGGCCCCAGCAGGCGCGCCAGGCGGCGGCCGACAGCCGGCCGGCAGCGGCAGGCAGCCGUCCGGCGGCGGCAGGGGCAAGGGCAAGGCAGCGGGGGCCAAGAAUGGCGGGCGCGGGUUUGGCAAGUGA